AUGUAUUCGCUGGGUUGUCUUAAGGAGUACCUUGCUUGUUCUGGAGGAAGUGCUUUUAUAGUGAACUGUCCGUUCAAUACUGUAUUUGACCAAUCUGUAAAGCAAUGCCUCCCGAAAGACAAAGUCCCAACAUGCCAACGAGAACCAACGCUUGACCCGAUAGUUAUUGAUGUUCUUUUGGAGUCGAAGAGGUUUGUUGAAGAAGAUGUUGUGCCUCCCCUGGACAUCCAGAAAAGUAUCUGUUCGGAGUUGGGAGAUGGGCAUCAUGGGCAUGGCUGUUCUUCACACUUUAUUGCUUGUUUGAUGGGCGUGCCGAGGGUGAUGACUUGUGGUGCGAGGUUGAGAUAUGAUGAGGCGUCAAAAAGAUGUCUUGCCCCUGCUGCUGUAGAAAGUUGUGCUAGCAAGAUUCCUGACGUAGUUACUGUAUUUAAUGCUAAAGCUCAGAAACCCGGAGUAGUAAGGGAAAAAAUGUUUGAAACGACAGUUUUGAGAAAACCCGUUGUAACUGUAGCAAGUCCUAUUAACAUAAUAUCAAAGUUGUCUUCUUCACCUCUGUGCAGUGAAACUGCAAUUCUAAUGGACGCUAAGACUGAGGAAGCAGGAGUUUUGCCACUGCCAGAGGGUGAUAACGUGGCAGUAUACAUAUCUUGCCAGUUUUCUAACGAUGGUGUUUAUUCGCUUGGCUGCGUUCCACAGUACAUAAUCUGCGUACAAGGGGUCGGCAAGUUGCUUACUUGCCCUAAUUCUUCACUAGUAUUUGACGAAGAUACCUUGGGGUGUCAACCGCCAACAAAAGUGGCGGCUUGCAUUGCACAAAAAUUAAAUGUUCUCUCCAGGCCCAUGGCGCAAGCUGUCAACAUGAAUACAACAAUUACUGCUGCUCCAGAGGUUUUUCGCCUGUCUGCACUUUUGAAGAAAAGAACCCCAGGAAGAGCUUUUGUAAAUGUUAAAACGUCGAGGGAAAUGCAAUUUGCAUCUUCGACGGAAGCCCCCGUUAUUCUAAGGGCUAUUCCAACCAAAAAAGUUGGCGAAGAGUCGUCUGGACAGCUUUUUUUAAAUCUAGCAAAACAGAUGGCUUGUAUACAGAGGGCUGUUCCGAGGUAUUUGUGCUGUGCGAGGCCGGAAAUGCGACAAUUUUUCGCUGUCCCAACAGUAAAAUAUUUGACAAAACUGGAACAUGUGUUUCAAGGGUCUCUUCAACGCUUACCUUUAAUAUCUCACUUUUUGAGUUGCUAA